CAGUCCCGCGCAUUCAAGGUAGUGAGGUGAGGCUAGCGGAAGAGACACAAAUAUGGCGAAAAAGAGCUACGACUAUCUCUUCAAACUGCUUCUUAUCGGCGACUCCGGCGUAGGGAAGACAUGUAUUCUUUUCAGAUUCUCUGAUGAUGCCUUCAAUACCACAUUUAUUUCAACUAUAGGUAUUGAUUUCAAGAUCAAGACUAUUGAAAUGCAAGGGAAAAAAAUAAAGCUCCAAAUAUGGGAUACCGCAGGCCAAGAGAGAUUUCACACAAUCACCACAUCAUACUAUAGGGGUGCCAUGGGAAUCAUGUUAGUGUAUGAUAUAACACAAGAAAAAACAUUUGAUAAUAUCUCCAAGUGGCUAAGAAAUAUUGAAGAGCAUGCGAAUGAAGACGUUGAGAAGAUGAUUCUUGGAAACAAAUGUGACAUGGAUGAUCGUAGGAUAGUAAGCCGUGAGCGUGGAGAACAGAUCGCAAGAGAACAUGGAAUCCGCUUCCUAGAAACAAGUGCCAAGACCAACAUCAAUAUUGAACAAGCCUUUCAAUACCUUGCACAGGACAUUCUCAAAAAAGAACUGAACAAGGACAGUGAGGAACCAUCAAAUAAUAUCCACGUACAUGAUCAAAAGGACAAGAAGGGAGGGUGUUGUGGUUAACUUGCAACUCUCAGCUCAGCACUCUCGCUUCAGCCCCACUCCACCCUUUGUGAAACCCCUCACACCUUACUCUUAAAAAUAUAUUGAAGCAGGUCUGUUGAAUGUAAUACUGUUUGCGCAGUAUUUGUCUGUAGAAGCUUGGGGGAAUUCCUCUAUAUAAACCUGCUUGUACUGAAUUUAUCUGUUGAAGCUUGGAGGAGUCCCUCUUGAUGGUAGUAUACCUAAAUGUUGAGAGAGAUUUAAAAAAAGAUGCCAAGAUUUGGUUUUUAUGAAGUACAGAUGUGAUACACCUAUUUCAAUAAAGGUUGUCAGUGCAAAUGGCGAUUGGCAAAUGGCAGUUCUAUGACUGAGAGUAACCAUGCGUCUCGAAGAAUAUGGAUAAAUCAAAACAAUUAUCCAUUAAAUGUUACCAAUGCCUGGCUCUGACAUUGCUGGACUCUAUUUAACACCUUUAAUUUUACAAAUAAUUGUAUCUAUAAGCCAUUUGCACUGACAACCUUUUGUGAAAUAGGUGUAUAAAGUUAAUUGGGGUUGAAAUAACAAUUUUCACAGUACAAAACAAGCGAACCCUGUCCGGGCCAUAUGAUUAUGAUUAUUAAUAAGCCGCUACCAUUUCUAUUCAAGGAGCUACUCCCUACCCAUUUGCAGAGAAAUGCAGCCAUUUUAAAUUGUGGAUAAUAAAAAAAAUUAAUUGCCUGUUAAAGGCUUUUCUUGUACUUUUGAUAGUUUAAUGAAAUGUUUUUAGAGGGAGAAAAUUGUGUUCCUUCUCAUAACAAGAAAGCUUACCCCCGAGGUUGAUAGCAUCAGUUUGACUUGAACCUUAUUGGUUAAUUUAAUGGGAGUAAAAUCAGGUAUAGUUUAAAUUUCUUGUGAUUGUAAAAUAUUUUGUAAUACCAAUACUUAGGAGGUUCGAUUUUCGAAUAAAAUCUCAAUAAAACAGA